GAUUCCAUCACGGCUAUUAGCCAAUGCCAUGCCAAUAUAAAUGGAAAGAUCCAUCUGCCUUCUGACAAAUUUUCACUUACCAGUUAGCAUACAGCACUAUUUCAAUACAAUUCUACAAUUCCAAUUCCAAAUUCCAUUUGUCUAACUCAUCAUCAUUCAUCAUGGCAUCAACAGCCUCUAUGGCCCUAAUGUCAUAUUCUGAUUGCUGCCGGGGCUUCCAGCAAUGCAGGGGUGUAUUUGCAGUUAAAUGUAGAAGCUCUGUAGCAUUAUCAUUGCCAUCCAUGCCCUUUCACUCUCUAUCCCAGCAAAAUCGCUCUGGAUUUCUCAGAGUAACACCACGACCUCUAGUUGUUUGCGCUCUCCAACCUAAGACUCCAACAGUAACACAAAAAUCAUGGGACAAACUAGUUCUGAAGAAUGAAUCUCCUGUUCUUGUUGAGUUCUAUGCGAGUUGGUGUGGGCCCUGUAAUAUGGUUCAUCGAGUGAUUGAUGAAAUUGCCGAAGAGUACAAGGGAAAACUCGAGUGCUAUGUGCUCAACACCGACAAUGAUUCGAUGAUAACCAAGGAAUACGAUAUCAAAGCUGUUCCUGUGGUUAUUCUGUUCAAGAACGGAAAAAUUCAAAAUUCUAUCGCUGGUACGAUGCCAAAAGAAUUCUAUGUGGAUGCCAUCGACGAAAUGUUGGCUUCUUAGUUCUUAAAAUGCAUUAACAUCUCUUUAGUCAGGUUCUUCUACUUGUAUGUUGAAGUAUAUUAGACAAUAUCAAAUCUUAGUUGUCCAACCAAUUUUGUUGGUGGAAAUGAAUAGCAGAUUGUUCUAUUAGACAAAACUUCAAGGAAAUGUGGAAAUUAUAUUGAAGUAUUGUUUGUUUGACUUUGUAA